AUGACUGAACACAAAGCCCAGUCGGCGGGCUAUCUGAGGAGCUUUGGCCCCGGCUGCAUGACGUCAGGCUACAUUAAGUAUUUUAUCAACGAGACUUGGCUGGAGCGUCAUGGGACAGCGAUGGAAGGGCAGGCAAUAAAGGUGCUGUGGACGGUCAUUGUAUCUGUCUACCCAGUCGGAGCUGUGUUUGGAGCGUUGAUCGCUGGACACCUGGCUGUUAGAUACGGAAGGAAGAACUGCCUGGUAUUCAACAAUCUUGUGGCAAUAGUGGCAGCUUUAAUAGUGGUUUUCAGCAGGAUGGCCAGGUCUUUUGAGAUGAUCCUGGUGGCCAGGUUCCUGUAUGGAGUCAAUGCAGGAAAUGGCAUGAACAUUCAUUGCAUGUACCUCAUGGAAUGUUCGCCAAAGAAGUUACGAGGGCUUGUGACCAUCACCACGGCGAUAUUCAUAUCCCUGGGUAAAUGCUUAGGACAGAUUGUUGGACUCAGGGAGAUUUUAGGCAGUGAAAGUGUGUGGCCUUUCUUGAUGGCCUUCAAUGCCAUACCUGCCUUUAUACAGCUCGUCAUCCUGCCCUGGUUUCCAGAGAGCCCCAGAUACCUCCUGAUUGACAAAGGAAACAGGGAUUUGUGCACAAAUGCGCUCCAGAGACUGUGGGGCAAGCGGGAUUUUACCGAGGAGCUUGAAGAGAUGCAGGCGGAGCGCUCGGCGAUAAGGGGAAACCGAUCGCGAAGCGUGUGGGAGCUGUGCAGGGACCCCUCCGUACGAAGCCAACUCGUUAUCAACAUGAUGAUGUCGUUCUUCAUACAGCUCAGUGGCAUUAAUGCUAUCUAUUCCUAUGCCUUUGAGAUCUUCUAUGCAGCAGGAAUUCAUGAGGCGACCAUACCGUAUGUAUCCAUUGGAACGGGGCUGAUUGAAACACUUACAUUGCUGAUCUGUGGAUUCUUCGUUGAACGAACAGGAAGAAAAACUCUUCUCUGCGGAGGAUUGGGGUUCAUGAGUCUGUGGACGGGACUUUUGACCAUUACCUUUUCACUGCAGCAUCUCGUCAGCUGGAUGCCCUACUGCAACCUGAUCAUCAUCUUCGCUUAUGUCCUCAGCUAUGGACUUGGCCCAGGGGGAGUAGCUGUCAUAUUACCUUCGGAAAUAUUCCUCCAGUCCGACCGGCCCGCUGGCUUUGUCAUCAACGGCUUCCUCAACUGGUUUGGGCUCUUCCUCCUCGGCAUGCUUUUCUCCUUCAUGGUGGACGGACUGGGCUACCUCUGCUUCCUGAUCUUCAGUGGCGUGUGCCUGGUGCUCACCAUCCUGGGUUACUUCAUCGUGCUGGAGACGAGGGGGAAGACGCCGCUGGAGAUUAGCGAGGAGUUCAAGAAGAGGAAGUUCUUCCAGAGGGCGACGCUCCGCGCCCCGCCCAACGGGGCCCUCCCGCAGAGCACGGUGGACAUCAUCAUGUCCACCGCCUUCUGA